ACAGGAAUAAUGGGCGUUGAUUUGGAAACAUACCGUGGCAGAAUUGGCACACACAAACAUUUGUGCGGUCAGGAUGUUAUAACAGUAACGUGUAUUAUCAGCUUCAGCAGUGGUCUGAAAAGAAUCGGUGCAGUCUUGUUCAUUGGUGUUUUACUUCUAAAAGCUGGAAUUGAAUCAAACCCAGGACCGGGAAGAGCUUUCUCGUCCUAUUUAUUUAUUGCGAUCGUUUUUGCGGCAGUUGGGUUGUUAUUACAAGGCACAGAAUGGAAAUUAUCCGCAUUUUUCUUGAUGUUUAUGCUGUUUGUGAUUGGCGUUGUGACUUAUUGGUAUGAGCAAAAUGCACACAAAGAGGCAAAAGGGUCAGGCCCGAAAACCAAUGAGUUUAGAUUUAGUAGAUUUAGUAGCGCAUUGCCUAUUGGAACAUGA